UGUCGGCUCUUUGACACGAGACGCCGCCCUGUCCCGGGUUGUAAUGACCUGUAUGCAGAGGGUAGCUUCAACCCCUUAUCCAUAAGUCUAGCUAUAGGAUGCUCUCCCAGAGAGAAGGCACACCGUCGCUGUACUGCUCCCAGCAAUCUCGCUUCAGAGAAUACCAAGCGGCUGCCAGUUUGCUGAAGCAGCACGAGUCGCUGAAGCCCUGUAAGCACUGCGGCUCUCCUGCCAAGCACAACGCAGAUGACAUGAGGGCCACCUGUACCCGCCUCAGCUGUGCCUUUGACUUCUGCACCCUGUGCCAGGGCCCUUUUCAUGGCUCCUCAGCCUGCCACACAGGGCUGGCCCGGGGGCCUAGCAGCUCCAGAGCCAUCCUCAUCGGCAGCGCUCGCAGCAAGAGGAACGUCAGGCGCCUGUGAGAUCAACGCCGCCCUGGAUGAAGACUCAAUAACGCACCUUUUUUAAAAAACAACUAAAUUUUAACUAUUAUUUAGUAGUUUUAUUCAUGGACCUUUUAGCCCACUGCCUCCUCUCCACAUACCAAAGGGAUCUCGGCUAUUGGAAUACCCUGUAUUAGAACACAUUUGUAUUCUGUGACAAUCCCGUGAUGCCAGGUGUUCGGCAUUUGUCGUCAGAAAGCGACAAUCUUACUGGAAGCCAAAAACAGAAUGUUUACCUGAAUUGUACAUUCAUUUUAUAUUUCUUAAUGGAAUAUCCGUCCGUAAAUAUAUUUGUCUGUUAAAUGUGAAAUGUAAAUAUUUAUAUUGUUGAAAUAAAUUUAUCUUUUGCGAUUUUC